AAAGUCGACUUACAUAUCCCUUGGAUUCGGGCUGUCAUUGUGUUACGCGACUUUCUUUCAUCCGCGAAAAAUUUACAUAUUUUCCUCUCGCGAGUUUCCCACGAAAACUCUUUCCAAAACGCCUAAACUCGUGAAAUUAAUCGAAUACAGCGAAAAUAUGUUGCGUCAAAUAACACGAGCCACCGGUGGAGCACCAAAAGUACUCCAACAAUUGCAAAAAAGUUCAGCCGCCGUAACCGGAACACAAAAAUCCAAUAAUUAUGCUACCGAGGCUACCGUCCAAGUGCAACGGCCCUUCAAAUUACAUCGCCUGGACCAGGGACCCGAAACCAAUGUAAAACUCACCAAAGAAGAUGCUCUCAAAUACUACACACAAAUGCAAACCAUUCGCCGUUUGGAAACAUCGGCUGGUAAUUUGUACAAGGAAAAGAUUAUCCGCGGUUUCUGUCAUUUGUAUUCCGGCCAGGAAGCUUGUGCUGUUGGCAUGAAGGCUGCCAUGCGUGAUGUCGACAACAUUAUUUCAGCCUAUCGUGUCCAUGGCUGGACCUAUUUGAUGGGUGUACCACCAUUGGGUGUUUUGGCUGAAUUAACUGGUCGUCAAAGUGGCUGUGCCAAGGGCAAGGGUGGCUCCAUGCACAUGUAUUCACCAAAUUUCUAUGGUGGCAAUGGUAUUGUGGGUGCCCAGGUUCCCCUCGGAGCUGGUGUUGCAUUUGCCUGUAAAUACAAGGGUAACGGUGGCAUGUGCUUGGCUUUGUAUGGUGAUGGUGCUGCCAAUCAAGGCCAGGUCUUUGAAGCCUACAACAUGGCCUAUUUGUGGAAACUGCCCGUCAUUUUCGUAUGCGAAAACAACAACUACGGUAUGGGUACCAGUGCUGAACGUGCCUCCUGCAACACCGACUACUAUACCCGUGGUGAUGUGUUGCCCGGCAUUUGGGUUGAUGGUAUGGAUGUCUUGGCUGUGCGCAGUGCCACAGAAUUUGCCAUUGAUUAUGUGAAUAAGAACGGCCCCAUUGUCUUGGAAACCAAUACCUAUCGUUAUUCCGGCCACUCAAUGUCUGAUCCCGGUACCAGUUAUCGUACCCGUGAAGAAAUUCAAGAGGUGCGUCAAAAACGCGAUCCCAUUACCUCAUUCAAAGAGCUGUGCAUUGAAUUGGGUCUCCUCACUGCCGAUGAGAUUAAGGCCAUCGAUACCAAGGUGCGCAAGGAAGUUGAUGCUGCCACAGCCCAGGCCAAGGCCGAUGCUGAAUUGCCACUCAGCGGUCUCUGGACUGAUGUCUAUUCGCAAUGUUUGGAACCCAAAAUUCGCAACUGUGUUGAGUACAAUAUUAAGCAUGUCCAACAGAAUAAGGGUGUCAAUCAUUAAUAAGAUAUCCUUGAUCCCUGUUACAUCUUCAGUUGCUGCCUUGUAGGAGAGAAACCGAAAUUUGACUCUCUCUCCCUCUCCAAUCAUGUUAAACUCAUUUUCUUCAUUUUUUGAAUUCUGUCAAGGCAAGGUAGUCACUUAUCUCUGGUUGGGCUAUGCAAAGAAGGCUAUACCAUAGCCUUAAAACAAACUGGCUUUAAUUUUUAUAUUUUUAAUUUGUUUUUCUAAAAAACGACAAGAAAACUUUAUCUCAAAUUUGUAGAACCAUAAAAAAGGAGGAAACGAUAAACGAUGUAAAAACAACAAAACUCUCAUUCAUUCUUUCUAUUUUUUCAAUCUAUGUAAGACAAAAGAACAGAAGAACGUAGUCACGAAUUAAAAUGGCGAAUAGAUUGAAUAUUGUUACAAGAUAUUAAAUAAUAUAAUAUAAAAUAUUGAAUAAAGACCAUAUUAGUUAAUACCACAAA